CGCUCUGAAUGCUGGGCCGGAGCCAUCUCGAUUCCGGGCUGAGCCCGGGAGCAGGGAGGGGAAGCUCUGUGCCUGACUCUGCCGUUUUGAUCAGAGACACGGAGAAUUACAGCAAGCAGCGUCUCCUGGAGAAGGGAGGGCGCGAUCCAGUGCCGCCGUCCCGGGAAAUCACCUGGUGGUUCUUGCCACGCCAGCAAUUUCAGCUCCAGCCUCGGGAGCAUUAUCCAGGACCUCAAUGGAUCGAUCACCUCGUUAAGGGUCGCUGCUGCCCGAGGCGGGGGGGACUCUGUCGAUGUCAAGUUGCAAUGUUUCAUGUUGCAGUUGCCUCCUCGAUACAAUGUAGCGAGUGUGAGGUGUUGCUGUGAAUCUAGCGGCAGGCAAGGGAGGAGGAGUUGUUACAGUGUCGCCGGGAAAGGAUACACUUUAUCCAGGCGGGGGACUGCCGGAUUGGAGAGGCUGUACUCUUUAUGUCUGAGCCCGGCGGCCCCCUCUCUCCAUGCCCGUCAUGUCUGUGCUGUUCAGCCUGCUCGGCAGCUCCUCUGGGCCGGCUCUCCUGCAGCACGCCGGCUGGCUCGCCCUCCUGCUCCUGUUCGCAGCUUCCAUCGUGACCGUCCUGACCUGGCUGGUGCAGUACUCCUUCGGGGUUUGGAGGCGAGGCGCCGGGGACAGGCAGCGUCCUCCUGCCAGCCUGGGCAUUUGGAGCUCCCUCUUGAAACUCGGCUGCUCCCGGGAAGACAGCGUCUCGGGCUCGGGGCUCAAGCGUCUCGUCACUUCCCUGUUCUCCUUCAAGUCCUUCAGAGACAAUUGGCAAAAAACGUGGAUCAAAGCGCUGAACGACCAGGCUUGUCGCAUUGGGAGCUCUGUGCAGAUCAGUUUUGAAGAGGGACCACAGCUACCCUCAACGGCAAGCAUCAGUCACGUGACAUGUACGGACCAAUCCGAACAGAGUAUGGUUCUUUGCUGUCAGUUGAUGGUCGAUGCAAUUCAGUUCCCUGUCUCUGUUACCCAGCAGUCUCCAGCUGCCGUUUCCAUGGAAUCCUACCAGGUGACCUUGGCUCCACUUAAAGCCCAGAUGGAGAUUUGUUUGGAAGAAGCAGAGGUUGAGGGGCUGCUGGUCACUUGGUCAUUCAAGGAACCCCCUGCUCUAUCCCUCACAGUCACCUCCAAACUGCAAAAAGGGGGGAUUGAGGGGAAAGCAGAUGUUUCCACCAUCCAAGAACUGAUUGAGGAUACAAUCGUCAGCACUAGUCCAGCCAUGUUGGUCAAUCUCAAGGCACACAUAACAAAUACAACAGUACUUGCCGAGAAGUUUGGGAAGGGAUUGGCCUCUCCAUCAAAAGCAGCAGUAAAUGCCGGAUGCAGGCUGCUGGUCAGGGAGCUGAAGGCAAACGUCAGCAGAGCGGAAGGAGUGGGAAGUGGAGAGCUGUGCUGUGUAUUGGAACUUGACAGCCCCAUACAGCUUAAGAGAACAACACCUGUUCUGCCCAAGUCUCUAAGUGCAAACUCGGAACUGAAGUGGAAUGAUGAGCUGAUCUUUGAGCUGGGGGCAAGAAGCAAAGAGUUGAAGGUGAAAAUCAUGGAGAAGUUGGAGCAAAGUGAGAACAUGGUAUUAGGGCAGAGUGUGAUCCCACUGGAUUUAUCUCGGAGAUCCCCUUCUGGAUGUCAUAACUUUCCAUUAACAGCCACUCCGAAGAUGUCAAAUACUCUGACUGGAUCAGUGUCACUGGAGUUGAGUUAUAUAGAACCUGCAGAUUCUAAGACAGUCCAAUCACUGGUUCCUGCAAGAACAGUCACCCCUACAAAAAAGAUUGAAAUGGACCGAACCAUAAUGCCCGAUGGCACCAUAGUGACAACGGUAACGACCAUCCAAUCCCGGCCCAAGGUCGAUGGAAAGAUAGAUUCUCCGACACGGUCACCUUCCAAGGUGGAAGUAACAGACAAGAGGUCCAUCAAGAUGGAAGAUAGUUCUAUCAAUGUGUCUCCCAGUAAUGCAGCGGAUAAUCACCUGGCCAAUGGUUUGGAUCCUGUGGUACAGACAGCAAUCCGGCAGCUGACAGAAUCCGCCAACAAGCCCAGCAAAAGGACUCCAACGAAACGCAGCACCCUGAUUAUAUCGGGCAUCUCCAAGGCCCCCAUCGAUCAGGAAGAAAUGGCUCUUUCUGUGGGCUAUGCAGCUUCCAUGGAUGCCUCACUGCAGGGGGAGCCAGGCUUGGCGGCUCUGCCCCACUCCAGUGCUCAGAAUGCGCUUGAAUCUCCGAAAUCUGCCGACUCCCAGAGCCAGCGGCAGGUGGUCAGUCAGGAGCUGGAUGAAGCAGCUGUGUCAGAUAUCUCCGAGCGGCCUUCGGUGGAUGAUGUUGAAUCAGAAACUGGGUCAACAGGAGCACUCGAAACAAGGAGCUUGAAGGAUCACAAAGUUGGCUUUCUGCGCAGCAGCACCAAGCUCCUGUUCCGGAAGAGAAGCAAGCAGAAGGAUCCAGGUUUCAGUCACUCGCACGAUGACCUGUCCAACGUGAGUGACAGCCCUGCCUCCACGCGGAAAAAAUCAGGCAGCUUCUCGCGGAAGCUCAUCAAGCGUUUCUCAUUCAAGUCCAAGUCGAAAUCUAAGGCCAGUGCCAAUGGCAGCACUGCAGCGAGUGGGAACUGACCGCACUGCGCUCUGCAGGGAGGCUUGUGUGAUAAAACGCCUGGGAGCUGGACUACCUCGGGUAGAGCAACAGGCAACGAGGCACUUGGGCCGAGUGGGGGUUUUUGCAGCAAUUUGUAUCCUGGUCCCUUUUCAAUGACACUUCCCAUGAAAUGACAGGUGUACUGCCGACUUUCAUCGACCAUCACUUGUAAAAGCCACUGUGCAGUGACAUUCCCCCUUGGUUACGUUACAUAACAUCAACGUGUGGAGGAUACCUGCCGCUUUUAACGUCCUGGAGCUGAGGAUGACCUUGAGUCACGAACUGAGACAGAAGGCGUUUGUUUGGUGACACUAGCUUUGAAUGCAAAUUAUCUCGACACCCCCUUCACCUCUCCCCUACUUUAUUUAUUGAAAAUCUAUAACGACGUCAGCGGUUUUGGCAGCAAAAUGUUUUAGAAGAACUAGAUUCUAUGAAAUCCUGUUUUAUUGUUUUAUUUGGGACAAAUGAAGCAAGUCACUUUGUUGAUUGCUAACUAUUCUUUACUGUUUGCUGAGAUGUAUCAUAUUGAUGUUUUGGAAAUGUAGCUGAAAAGAUAAAUGUAAACUCUUUCACUACUCAAAAAGAGGGGAAAACAAAACAAACCCUGACUUGAUUUUGGUGCACCGAUCGACUCCCUGAACAGAACCGAGAAGUGGAUAGUGAGAUGAAUUAUCUUCACAUAACUGAAGGAUAAUGUCAGCAAACCGGACUUUUUAUUUUGUCUGUAUUCUGCACUUAGUUGUUCCAGUUCACAGAUCACAAUGGCAGAUGUCCUCUUAAGUUUUUCUAAAUGUUUGUGUGACACAUUUAAGCUGAAGUAUUGAAUUCAAUUCUGGACAUUUUAAGGAACUGAACUAAUUCCUUUAAUGAAAGUGUAAUGGUGGUUUCCGAAAACAUUACCGACAAUGUGUGGACUUCAGUUGCGUGACCAUCAAGACAUGCUGGGGUGGCUCCCCUUAAGAACAGAGAUGGUUCCAGAGAAAUUCAGUGGGGUUGUUCAAAAUUAUCCAUGGGGUUUUAAUUGAGUACCUGAGAGGAAAUUAUUUCCAACAAGAGGAAUGGUCAAUGGUCAAAGAGCUUGGUCUAAGUUACUCGGCAGAGGAACCAGAGGUAAAAUGGGAUUUUAAAAGGAAUUAAAUGUGGUGAGUUGUUGUGACCUGAAGCACACCAGCCUAAAAGUUGGUAGAAUUGGAUUUGACAGUCAUUUUCAGAAAGGAGUUGAUUAAGUACAAAGGGUGGAGAAAAGCCCACGUCCUUGGGGAAUGAUGGAGUGGACUAGGCCAGUUUUGUGAAAGUGCUGGAAAGCACCAAGCUGGUUGUGCAGUAAUCUGUGAAGAGAGAAACUUCCUCUUGAAUUCUUCUCUCCACAGAUACUGCCCGAACUGCUCAGCACUUUCUGUCUUUAUUUCAAAUUUCCAGCAAUCACAGUAACAGAACUUUGCUUUCUGUCUAAAUACUAUCUACAAGCUAGAAACUUGGGCUAGAAUUUGGAGUGAAAGUUAAAAUGACAACAAUUGAGGGUACAUUGAAUUUUGACAAGUGGCGUGUAACCAAUGUCACAGCCUUUGAUGAUUAUCAUCAUAAUGACGUCUUCACUGAAUAGGUUCAUGUGGUAUUGAAGGAACAUUAGUAGGCAUAUUGCUUAUAGGGUAGUGCAAGUGUAAUUGGAAGUCAGUCUGGAAAGCAAAAAUACUGCCUUGUACCAGACUUUCCAGCAACCCAGUCCCUCAACAAUAAUCUGUAACUUCUCAGUCCAAAAAUUUCCAAUUGUCCAGAAUUUCUUUUGAGCAGACCCAUUUUAGUUCAGUAAUUUAGGAGCAGGAAUCUGGAAAGUACAUAUUUGGAUCAGUAAAUACAAAAUUUCUGCUUCAUAGUGUUUGAUCACUGUUUUAUGCUUCAGUAGAUAUUUAUCUAGAAUGUUUUCCAGUUCACAGACUUGGGCAUUUACACAUUAAGUCUUUCUAUAGUCAAAAAAUUCAAAAGCAUUCUGGACUGAAGAGGUUGCCAGGUAUCUCAUUUCCUGGCUACACAGAUUACAUAUAAAGCAAGGUAAGACGAGCGGUGUCAACCCGGGUUCAAUUCCAACCUUGAACGACAGUCUGUGUGGACUUUGCAAGUUCUCCCAGUGUGUCUGUGUGGAUUUCCUCUGGGUGCUCAGAUCUUCUCCCACAGUCCAAAGAUGUGGAGGCUGGGUGGAGUCACAAUGGGAACGGCAGGGUUACAGGGAUAGGGUGGGGUGCACUUUGGAGGGUCAGUGUAGACUCAAUGGCCUGUUUCAGCACUGCAGGGAUUCUAUGUAAAAACAGACAGUUGAAUUGUUCUCUUAACCAUGGCUCUAGUAUGUCAUCAGGACUGAGGGAAAUGAGUAAACAGAAACCAUCUAUUGGAUUUGUGCACUUGAUAACUCACCCAUAGAUGCUUUGCUGGAUUUUAUUUUUCAGGUACACAAUGAGGCAUCUCAAUUGCCAUUAUAAUGGAGGUGGUGUGCUGGUUUGAAGAGAUGUAUGUAGAUGUUUUUUUUUGUGAGAUAUGAGUGUAAAAAGUUUAUUGUACAUAGUAAAUUUUAAACUUGUGUUUGAGAUUUGGGGAAGAUGGCGAGGAACAAUGAGGGUAGUCAUAUUUAUGAUGCAAAAUUGUUUUAGAACCACAGGCAAUCGCUUCAAUAGUGGCAGGUGCCACUCUGGGAAUCAUUGAAAGCAAUUUUGUUUUCAAUCCAUGCAGUUUUUCAGGUGGAAGAACUGUGCUGGGAAUCUGAUCGGAGCUGAAGAUCUGAGAUUGAAAUAUUAUCAAAAAAACCUUCAAAAACGAAAUGCUUCCAGAGAAAGAGGCGUGGAUCAGCUGAAAAGCUCUAAGAGAUUCAAAACAUGACCAAAUGCCCUGCUCGAUACCUGAAUCACUAAGAGAGUGAAAGUAGAGACAUGCAAUGAGCUUUAAAGGUCAUCAAGCACACAGUAGCUGCUUGUAUUUUCAGAGUGGUACUUGCUGCUAUGAAAGGGGUCAGUCUAGUCACAAUAGGAUUACUUCAUUGGAAGAGAGGACACACUAAAAAUGGUCUGGAGACAUUUUCCCAUGGAGUUCUACGGGUUGCACUGUCCUGAAUGCUACUUUAAACCCAGACUCCUAAGAGAGCGUAAACGUCUUUAUUCACCCUGAAAAUAAAAGUUGAUUUAUAAAAUGUAUGAAGCACGUUACAACUGAAUGGUUUCAAUUAAGAAUCUGUAUGUUUUCUGAGUGUUUAUAUUUACAGUCAAGAAUUUACAUCACAAUUUGAACUCAGUGUAUGUCAGUGGCCAACAUCAGCUGUAAUGAUGGGUCUGACAUACAGAGCACCAUGUUUCCAUUCUUCCCACGGCCCAUCAGGUACAAAAGGGUGAUGGCUGAUUUAUCAGAUCAGCUCCUGUAUGAUUGUACAGCAUGCUGCCAUCCCCUUUCCCACUCAAUCUCUGGUGUCUCACCAUAUCUUACUGGAAAUUAUGGGGUUUUGAUUUGUUAUGUGUAUCAAUUUGACCUGAAAGGUCUUCAGUGGCAGAAUCAGAAAAUCACUGCUAGUAAUAUUAGCAGGUGGGAGUUUGGGGUUAUUUUAAUUUCCAUUGUUAUUUGAAACAGGUUGUAGGAAAUCAGCAGCUGCUUUUUUGCACCUUGCAUGAAUUUAUUUUCCAUUGAUGUUUAUAUAUAAUGUAUAAAAUAAAUUAUUAUGGAUUUAAAAAAAGCUUGAAUCAAGCCUUAGUCCAUACUGUACAAUGUACAGUUCUGGACUCCAUAUAAUGAAUAAUAUCUAGAGACACUGGAGUCACAUUUUUCAGCAAUGAAACCAGGAAUGUGGGGUACACCAAUCAGGUCUAGGUCUGUCUCUUUUGAAAAGAGAAGCCUGUGGAGUAAUAUAAUAAAAGUUUCUAAAUUCUAAAAGGUUUUAAUAAAGUAGACAAAGAGGAAGUGUUUCUACUUGUAGCAACAAACAAAAUGAGAGUCUAAGAUCGUCACCUAGAAAUGCAAUUGGAAAUUCAGUAGAAUCAUCUUUGCCGAAAGAGUGCUGAGAAUGUGGAAUUUGUUUCCACAGUGAAUAGUUGAAGCAUUUAUGGAGAGGCCAGACAAGUAGAUGAGGGAAGAAGGAAUUGAGGUUUUUGCCAAGAGUUUUAGAUAGAGUCACAAUCAUAAAGUCAGGAGGCUCAAGUAGAGCAUAAAGACAGCACAGACUAUUUAGCUGAAUGGCCUGUUCCUGUUGCAUAUAUCCGAUCUACUGUAUAGAAUAGGGAAUGAUUUUCUAUUGCCCAAUAGUCCAAGUUAAAAUGACUCAUAAUGAAUGAUAUUCCUGUAUCUCUGUUCAUUAAGGAAAGGCAUUUAAGCAUUUUGAAUGGGUUGAUGCUGGAAUAUAAAACGCAGGAUUGUCAUGUUCACCCACUCUGAGAAACCCGGUUAUAUGCCAGCAGCAGCAGUAAAAGGUAAUGAACCAUGUUGUCAAAUUCCCUUUAAAGUUCCCAACAGAGUCUGGAAGAAUGGGUGGGUUCUGUAUUGCCAGCUGAGUAAUUUGUCAUGCGGCCUGUCAUUGGUUUAAAUAUACAAUCGAUACUUUGUUCUCGGCUUAUGUUUGAACGUCUUUGCCAUCAGAUUCUUGUACUCGAUGAAAUGGUACUUUCUGCACAGUUGUUCCCCACUGUCUGUGACAUAACUUUUGCAGCUCCCACCUUACUUGUGAAACUUGUGACAAUUGGGUACAUUGUGGAGUGAAUCAGGUGAAGUGUUGGCUUUUGUGUAACAGGUGGACAACUCGCAAUGAGAUCUGACUGGAACAGACACUCAGAGGAACUUUCUUAUAAGGAGAGGCUGGAUAGGCUGGGACAUUUUUCACUGGAGCCUAGGAGGUUAAGAGGUGACCUUAUAGAGGUUUAUAAAAUCGUGAGGGGCAUUGAUAAGGUAAAUAGCAAAGGUCUUUUCUCUAAGGUGGGGGAGAUUAAAACUAGGGGGCAUAUUUUUAAGAUGAGAGGAGAAAGAUUUAGAAGGUACCUGAGGGGGAGCUUUUUCACACAGAGGGUGGUGCAUGUGUGGAAUGAACUGCCAGAGGAAGUGGUAGUUGCAGAAUUACAACAUUUAAAAGGCAUUUAGCCAAGUACAGGGAUAGGAAAGGUUUAGAAGGACAUGGGCCAGUGGCAAGUGAGACUAGUUUAGUUCAGGAAACCUGGUUCAGCAUGGACGAGUUAGACCGAAGAGUCUGUUUCCGUGCUAUGCGACUCAAUGACUGUACAGGCUAGGACAUCGGAUUUUAAUAUGCCGUUAUUUGUAUUCCACGCAGCAGGUCAUAGUUACCUUGUGCAGCGGAUUUUAAACUUCUGUAUUGGGUGAACAAACCUGUUUGGAGAGAUUUGUAACUCAGUGCAUCAGCUUAACGGGGAGGAAUGUAUUGGAGUUGAUCAAUGAUAUCUGAGUUCUACUUUUACUAUGUUUGAACAUAUUGAUCUGAAAUAAAAUUAGUUCUG